AUGAAACCUCUCAUCGCCCUAACGACACUAUUCAGCCUCACAUCCACCUCCCAAGUGCCACUGCGUGAGAACCACCAAGCCCCCAUCGCCAAACCCGCGCUCCCACCGCUUCACGGCCACCUCCCGAUAAUGUCCUCCGACCGCCCCUCCGUGCAACCCUCCGUCGCUCUCGGCGACAUCCUAGGUUCUAACCGCGGCCUCACGUCCUUCUCCUCCUUCGCGCGCAUGCAACCAUCCACCGACGAACGUCUCUCCGACCUGUCCACUAACACCACCGUGCUCGCGCCGCUAAACUCGGCUGUCGAUGCGCUCCCGCGCAAACCCUGGGAGCAGCCUGCUGAUUACAAUGAGUUUGGCGCGGAUGCGUAUGAUGGUGAUGGCGGGCAGGAUCGCGCAAAGGAGAAUAUGAGGAGGUUUGUGGUGGCGCAUCUUGUGCCGCAGAGUCCGUGGGGGAAGGACGAGAAGAUUAAGACGCUGGGCGGUAAGGAGAUUUGGUGGGUUGAGAAGGAGGGCAAGAGGGUUGUGAUGCCGGAUGAGGUCGAAGUUGAGCGUGUGGCUAGUCAGGUUGGUAAUGGAGAACUGUGGGUUCUCAAGGGAGUUCUGAAUUAUGCUUAG